AUGCCAUCUCCAAUACCUCCUCCAUCAAUACCGCAGGUUGCCUCGUUGCUACAUUACGACAUCCUUUUCAGCGAGCCAGACGACAGCCUCCCCGAACCCUUGCCCACCACCAUUGAAGCAAUUGAAGAUGCACCAACCAUCCAUAAACUUCAGUCUAGGUGCAUUGCCCGUGUGGGAACCUCUUACGCGGUCAAGUAUGGCUAUGCAGUGGAACCGCUCGAAGCAGAGAAUAUGAAAUUUGUUCGCCAAAAUACAAACAUAUACGUUCCACGAGUCUACGCCGUAUACCAGCGUUUUCUAGAGAAUGGAAAACACCAAAAGACAUACAUCGUCAUGGAGAGGAUCGCAGGCGAGUCGCUCGACAAGCUGUGGGAUGGAUUCGAUACCACGGAAAAAUUAGCCAUUUCUCAACAGCUCAAAGAGACUUUUAUUUCCUUGCGUGACUUGCCCCAUGAUGGAUUCUUUGGCAGUCUAGACAAGACCAAGCUACGAGAUUUUUUGUUUUGUCGCCGACGAACCCAUGCCAGCCAUCGACUCGCCAUUCAACACAGAAGAGGCCCUCAUCGACGGCGUACUAGACAGACAGGUUUUUGGCAGAAGAUCCUGACAGACUACGGCACAAGGCCGCAUAUUACCGACAAGUCCUUUCAAAAGUAUUCAAGGCCCGAUGGACGCAUUGCUAUUGUUGACUGGGCAGCAUCGGGAUGGUACCCUGUGUAUUGGGAGUAUGCCGUUGCUGUCUGCGCACACAGGGGCUGGUCAAGCGAUUGGCAUACAUAUAUCCGUCUUUUCCUAGACGAAUAUCCUAAUCAUUUCGCCUGGAUGAGUCGACUGCGAAUGGAAUGA